AUGGCAGCUUUCAAAAGCACAAUGAAAUUGGUUUGGAAGGUGGGUAGUGUUGAUAUCAAGGACUUGGCUGACAGCCUUUUCUUAAUCCAAUUUGACAAUUGGUUGGAUAAGAGGAGGAAUAGGGCAUGGGGAAAGAGAAUGCCUAGCCAAGUUGAUUCCCAUUAUGGUCCUUGGUUAAGAGUAUCGAUGGAGAAGAAGCAUAAAAACAUAGAAACUUCUAGGCCAGUCCCGAUGGCCGUAGAAAUAGGUAACGCCAGUGAUGAAAUAGGCCUCGGGGGUGAUGUAGAGAAUGAAAAUCCUAUCAGUCACGUGGAUGAGAGAAGGGAUGCAAUAAUUGAGGGCAACGAUAAAUUACCUUUCAAGAUUGAUGGUUUUCUCAUCGAGUAG